CUUCUUAUAGAGCCGCAGUGGGGCUGCUCUUGGACGAGGCGACAUGGCGGCGGCGCUGCUGCUGGCGCUGGCCUUCACGCUCCUGAGUGGCCAAGGCGCCUGCGCGGCGGCUGGCUUUCUCAAGGCGCCAAUGUCCCAGGAGCAGUGGGCGGGGGGCAGCGUGGUCCUGCACUGUGAGGCUGUAGGCAGCCCCAUGCCGGAGAUCCAGUGGUGGUUUGAAGGGAAUGAACCAAACGACAGCUGCUCCCAGCUCUGGGAUGGCGCCCGGCUGGACCGUGUUCACAUCCAUGCCACCUACCGCCAGCAUGCAGCCAGCACGCUGUCUGUUGAUGGGCUCGCCGCAGAGGACACAGGCACUUAUGAAUGCCGGGCCAGCAGUGACCCUGACCGCAACCACCUGACCCGGCCACCCAGGGUCAAGUGGGUCCGUGCCCAGGCGAGCGUGGUGGUCCUUGAACCGGGCACCAUCGUAACCUCUGUCCAGGAAGUUGACUCCAAGACACAGCUUACCUGCUUUUUGAACAGCAGUGGCAUUGACAUCAUUGGCCACCGCUGGAUGAGAGGUGGCAAGGUACUGCAGGAAGACACGCUGCCCGAUCUACAGAUGAAGUACACGGUGGACGCAGAUGACCGCUCUGGAGAAUAUUCCUGCAUCUUCCUUCCUGAGCCUGUGGGCAGAGGCAACAUCAAUGUAGAGGGGCCACCCAGGAUCAAGGUGGGAAAGAAAUCGGAACACGCCAGUGAGGGAGAGUUUGUGAAGCUGAUCUGCAAGUCUGAGGCGUCCCACCCUCCUGUGGAUGAGUGGGUCUGGUUUAAGACCUCUGACACUGGGGACCAGACUAUCUCCAACGGCACUGAGACCAAUAGCAAGUACGUCAUUAUAUCCACGCCUGAGCUGUCGGAGCUGAUCAUCAGCGACCUGGACAUGAACGUGGACCCUGGCACCUACGUGUGCAAUGCCACCAACUCCCAGGGCAGCGCUCGGGAGACCAUCUCACUGCGUGUGCGCAGCCGCCUGGCAGCCCUCUGGCCCUUCCUGGGCAUUGUGGCCGAGGUCCUGGUGUUGGUCACCAUCAUCUUCAUCUACGAGAAGAGGCGGAAGCCGGACCAGACCCUGGACGAGGAUGACCCUGGCGCCGCCCCACUGAAGGGCAGCGGGUCUCACCUGAAUGACAAGGACAAGAAUGUGCGCCAGAGGAACGCCACCUGAGCGGCGGGGCAGGUGGGGAGGGGAGAUGCCAGGGCACUUGACCCCAGCCCAGCGUCUGCCUCCACUCCUAUGUCCCAUCCUGUCCCGACCUGAGCCUGCCCAACCCAACUUCUUAUCCCAGCCCAAGUGAAGACAGAGCCUUACCUUACAGAAAACCCAUCUGGGAGAAGCAGGCCACUUGCAGUACCCCUGUUUCUAGUUUAAACUAAAUGAGGUUUCUAUGCAGACGAUCCACUCCUUAGGGCUACGUUUAUUUUCCUUCCCUUCUGGAGUACGUCACUACAGCCCUGUGGAGUGGGGAGUGGGGUCACGAGGGAAAGGCCAGGGCACACAUGCUCUGACUUUACUGUUGGAGGGGGCUGGGCCUGCUGGGACCCCACAAAUAAAGACCUACACCACCA